UACAGAUACCUAUCUGAUCUCAUCUGCACAGUCCAGAUGUCUGAAAAUAUGCCCAGCAAGUCUUUCCAAAAGGGCCAUAAACGUUCAGGUAAAUUUAUCUUUGUUUUCAGUAUUGUAUUCCUUUUAAUUUGUGGAACUCUGGAUAGAAAAAGACAGACUGCACAUUCCUCAACAUUUCUACCUGGUCUUGUACUUAUUAGUACCUAUUGUGUAUUAAAUCUUAUUUUUUUUUUAAUAUAUAAAUUAUGUUCCUUGUGUUUAAAUUCUUCUGGCUUGAGAAUGAAAUUAAGGCAGUUAUUUCAUUUUAUCUUAAGUUUACUUUGUGUAGUUCAAAAUAAGUGCAAAAGAAAUAAGAUUAAUUUACAAAAAACAAUCAUUCGAUGUUGUAACUAUAAUUAGUUUCAUGCAAGGUACGCAAAAAUACUAAAAAAUAAUGUUCCUGACUAUCCUGAUAGACAGUGACGCAUCAUCCGAACACAGUGUUGGAAGCCACAGCACAGGUGCAGAGAGCGUUGUGACUAGGAACAACCUCCUGGGGGUUGACACGCAUAAGCUUUGCAAAGGGUCAACAAUUGAAGGAGAUUUCAGCAUGAAUAUGGACAUGUUGAACCCAGAUGACUUGUGGAAGAGACCAGUUGCCAAGUCAGUGACAGUUUAUUUAAAAUUAUCUCACACUGUGAAAGUCCAUUUUAAUAACAUUUUCUAAAACAUUUACAAGAGAAAUAGAGUGACCUCAUUGCAAUGCCUCCCUUGAGGGAGAUCGUGUGACACAAUUUUAGUUUUUUAAAGUUUCAGUCAUUAAUAGAAUAUGUUCCGAAUUUCAGCUUUAAUUAAAACUGACCAUUUUGUUAUUUCAAAUCUCUUUGAAGUCUAAACAAUUUGAUGUUUUUGUGGAUACUGAAAUGACCUUUGAGAAAUUUUUCAUUUACCCCUCUACCAAUUGCUGCUAAGUAUCAUUAUCUUGACCAUUUGUCAUUUUCUGCUCAUCAACUGUGUCCAUGUCCUCUGGUUUAAAACUUGAAAGCAUGUUUUCAAUGUCACAUGUUUUUUACUAUCCUCCCACUCAACAAAGACUUGAUUCUUCCAGCAACUUGACCCUGGGCUGUGUCAACGAGGUGGGACAGUUUGUCUCUCACUUUGAGCACGACGCCAAAGCAGAAAAAAAGAAAGGU